AUGGCCGCUGGAGUCGCUAGAAUGUUGCUCCUAGGCCCAACACACCGCCGCAUCUUCGGCCACGCCCUCCAGGCGCGCACCUAUGCAACCGCAUCUGCGCCUGCGAUCAGCGUCACAAAUGUGCCGGCGCCGCACUGCGGAAGCAUACGGAUCCUUUCCUUGAACAGGCCAGCAGCACGGAAUGCGAUAUCCCGACAAUUGCUUGCCGAGCUAAGCCACCAGGUCAACAGCAUUCUCGAUGAAGGAGACAAUGGGUCGACGAGGGCGUUGAUAUUGGCGAGUGAGGUGGAUUCGAGUUUCUGCGCAGGCGCAGAUUUGAAGGAGAGAGCGACGUUCACGCCAGAAGACACGGCAAACUUCCUCUCUUCGUUACGAGGCACGUUUGCAUCCAUUUCCCAGCUUCCCAUUCCCACCAUAUCUGCUCUCGCAGCUCCGGCCUUCGGUGGUGGCCUUGAACUAGCCCUUACGACGCAUCUGCGCAUCUUCGCCUCGUCCACUACCGUCGCCCUUCCCGAAACACGACUUGCAAUUCUUCCUGGCGCAGGAGGAACAUAUCGUCUGCCUGCCCUGAUUGGUCUCGCUCGCGCAAGAGACUUGAUCCUCACAGGUCGACGCGUGGCUGCGCCAGAGGCUUACUUCCUCGGCUUGUGCGACCGCUUGGUCGAGAUAACCGCCGAUGAUGCAAAGCAGGAAGGCGCGCCGCGGAAGAAGGUGCUGGACGAGGCGAUAAGGUUAGCAAGAGAGAUAUGCGAAGGUGGUCCGAUAGCUAUCAAGGCUGCGCUGGCGGCCGUGGAGGGGUGCGCAUUGGGAGAGCAGGCGGAGAACGCUGCAUACGAUAUUGUAGUCAAGACCAAGGAUCGGGAUGAGGCAUUACUUGCUUUUAGAGAGAAGCGAAAACCUGUCUUCAAAGGAGAGUAAUGGAAGAUAGGACUGGUAGUGCCGGAUGAGAUUCUAGCUAAGCGAGAUGCUGUGCUAUAGACAUGGUCAUAUGAUACAUGACUGAUGUUCCCUACA